AUGAAAAUAUUGUAUUUGAUUUCUUUAAUAUACAUAGGUUAUGGUUUAUCAGUAUAGAUUACCUUAAAACCUACAUGUUUUUAUGUUAAAUCAUAUACAGGAAAUACAUAUCUAACAGUAAAUUAUUAAAUAUCUGGUUUGGAUGAAAAUAAAACAGAAAUUACAAUUGAAUCAGAAAAUGGAGAAAAACUAGUUAAAAAAUAAUAUACCAAAGAAGGAGCAUUGAAAUAGUUUUUAAGAGAUAAGGGCACUUAUUAUAUUUGUUUCAAAAGUUUAUCCAAAGGGUAUAAAACGGUGAGUUUUGAUUUUGAUAUGGAUGGUGUAGAUAAAGAAUAUGCUUAAUCAGAACAAUUUAGUGAUAUGUCAAAAGAGUUGUCAAGAACUAAUAGAAACUUUUAGACAAUUUAUAGAAAUUAAAAUUGGAUUACUGAUAGAUAAAAUGCACAUUAAAUGCGUAAAUAUUAUAACAAAUUUAGUAUUGGAAUAGACUUAAUAAAAUGUGAAAUGGUGUGCAUCAGCAAAAAUAGGAAUAUUGUUAAUAAUAGCUAUAACAUAGAUAUGUGUAGUAUAUUAUUUUUUUAAAGAUAAAGAUUUUAGCGGAAGAGUGUGA